CUCUCUUUGUUGCAUCGACACCAAAGAGAGGAAGAGGAGGCUCUGAUUCCUCGUGUCAUUUUUCCUACAACAGUCAACAGGAUGGAACCAAACGCCCCCAACGGUCGACGAACUGGUACAGUUAACUACUCCGAAGAAGAGCUGGAGGAUCUCAUGGAGGUGAUCGUGGAGGAGCUCCCCAUUGACUCGGAACAGUGGAAUACUGUUGUUGCAAGGCAUGCUGUAAAGUAUCCCUUUGAUAGAAGCAAGAAAUCCAUCCGGAAUAAGUACAACGCCAUCAAAAAAAAGAGGAGCUCAACUGGUAACCCCAACAUGCCUAGGUAUGUGAUGCUUGCCAGGCGCGCCCACUACUUGAUUGGAAGGAAAGCGAACCUUGGUACCGGCGAGGAGGACUUUGACAUGAAGAAAGGCUUCAUUGUUAGUGAGGCUGAGGAGGGUUUGGAGAGGAUUCCCUCCGCUGAAGUACAGGAAGGAAGAGCACCGGUUGCACCGGUGAUCCAGGCUGGAGACGCAUCGACUGUAGAGGGGGAGGAGUCACCCACCAUCUUGCCCGUAAAAGUACAGUCUUCUACUCCAAAUAAGAGAUCUUAUUCGAAAGUUCCCGACGCUACUGUAUUCAAUGAGUACUUGAUUAGUCAGCAAGCAAGGGACAAAGAAAAUCGUGAGAUAGCUUUAGAGCAGUCUAAGAUUGCAAAGGAGGCAAGCGAAAUUGCUAAGGAGACCAAUCUGAUGUGGAAGAACGCUCUUGCAAUGGCAAUGAGUUGCUUCCAGCAAUGGCAAAGCACUCAGCUCCAGCCUCCUGUUCUUCAGAACACCGGAACGAACAACGACAACGCGGUUCUUCAUGACAGAACCAACAACGACGACAACGCUGCUGCUUCUUCUUACCAGUCGUCCGCCGACAAACGCCCCGGUACUAGUGCCACCAUUGGCGAAGAAUCCCAUGGUGAAAACAACUAAAAAGGAGACAACAUCGGUUAGUUUGCUUAAGCACUAAUUCAAAUGAACUGUAGUACACGGAUUGUAAUCAACUUAGUGAGCCUUG